ACCGGAAGUCGUGUUUACUACUCUGUAAUGGUAACAGACCGGGCAGAAAGCAAAAGGUUCUCCCGAAACUCUGCAGCCUUCACGGCUCUCUUAAUUUCAACAUCGGGGUUCGGUCCAGCAUGGCGGCUUACGGAUGGAAAUACUGAUGACAGUCCGAAAGAUCGCCUCGAUUUGUACGAUGGGCGCCAAUGCCUCUGCCUUGGAAAAGGAGAUUGGACCGGAACAGUUUCCCGUUAACGAACACUACUUUGGAUUGGUCAACUUUGGCAACACCUGCUACUGUAACUCGGUGCUGCAGGCUCUGUAUUUCUGCCGGCCGUUCAGGGAGAAGGUGUUGGCGUACAAGGUGCAGCCGCGUCGUAAGGAGUCCCUCCUCACCUGCCUCUCCGACCUGUUCAACAGCAUCGCCACGCAGAAGAAGAAAGUCGGAGUCAUCCCGCCCAAGAAGUUCAUCUCAAGACUGAGAAAAGAAAAUGAGCUGUUUGACAACUACAUGCAGCAGGAUGCCCACGAGUUCCUCAACUACCUCCUCAACACCAUCGCCGACCUGCUGCAGGAGGAGAAGAGCCAGGAGCGCCAGCAGAACGGGAAACUGGUGCAGAACGGAGGAGGAGGAGGAGGAGGAAGUGAGGGAGGAGGAGAAGGGGAAGGAGGGAAGGACACACAGCAGACCUGGGUCCACGAGAUCUUCCAGGGAACGCUGACCAACGAGACGCGCUGCCUAAACUGUGAAGCUGUGAGCAGUAAAGACGAGGACUUCCUGGAUCUGUCGGUGGACGUGGAGCAGAACACCUCCAUCACACACUGUCUCAGAGGCUUCAGCAACACGGAGACGUUAUGCAGUGAAUACAAGUACUACUGUGAGCAGUGCCGCAGCAAACAGGAAGCCCAGAAGAGGAUGAGGGUGAAGAAGCUCCCGAUGAUCCUCGCCCUGCACCUGAAGCGCUUCAAGUACAUGGACCAGCUGCACCGCUACACCAAACUGUCCUAUCGCGUCGUCUUCCCGCUGGAGCUCCGCCUCUUCAACACGUCUGGGGACGCCACCAACCCAGACCGCAUGUACGACCUGGUGGCCGUCGUGGUGCACUGUGGCAGUGGUCCGAACCGCGGACACUACAUCACCAUCGUCAAGAGCCACGGCUUCUGGCUGCUGUUCGACGACGACAUCGUAGAGAAAAUCGACGCCCAGGCGAUCGAGGAGUUCUACGGUCUGACGUCGGACAUUUCCAAGAACUCGGAGUCCGGAUACAUCCUGUUCUACCAGUCCAGAGACUGAACCCCGCCGGCGGUAAAUCCCCAAUGGACUGUCACUCAGCAGAAAGGGGAGGGGCUUACGACCACCACAGGCUCCGCCCAGUGCGCUCACAUACGUAUCUGGGCUUUACUUCCUGCAGGGGGAGCUAUUGCACUGGAGCUGAAGGAGUGUGCGGGUAGCGUGCCAGCCUCCUGGAUCACAAGCGUUCGAAUAUCCUCUUGAGCCCACACCGCAAACGGCACCUUUAAAAACCCUCGCUUUGCAGUGGGGCGUCAGCAGGGGGCGAGCGAGUAUCCAAGAGGCUGACAUCGCCGUGUGCACAGCGCUCCGUUUCUCUAAGCAGUCUGUGACCGUGGAGACGAUUGCAGAGAAACCAUUUAACCGUUCCUGGUGAGACGCGGGAUUGUAUGUGUCCAUCACAGUCUUCUUAAUUGUGUUUAUAACAUACAGUGCUAAAUUAACCGCAUGCUAACACGCAGGUACCAUGCAUUUCAAACUCCCAAAAAUCCUUCUUGAAAGACACUCAAAUCUGACAUCCGUUAUAACAAAACCACUUCCUUUAGUGAUUGAUGGACAGCGUGAACAUGCAGCGUUUGUAACAUGAACUGGUGCUAAUAGCAUUAAGUGUUAAAGGCGGACUGAAAAGAGAACGUGCCAUCUUAACAAAGGGUUCAUUAUUUGAGGUUUUUUUUACCUAAAACUAUAUUAAAAAUCUACGUAAAAAUCAGAGUAUCCCAAAAGAACAGUUUAAGCAUGCACUGUUUUAUUAAGUAUAUCCAAACAGGACUUUAUUUCUGUAAAUUGCAGAGAAAAUCUCCUUUUAAAAUUGGUGGUUUUUUUCAGCAGAUAUUAAGGUAAAAACCUUAGAGAUCACAAACACGUUUAAAAGGUUAGUAGUAAAGAGUGAAAGAGGCUGGUUAAAGUUUUAAAUGAAGGUUAUUACUAAGGUGCCAUUACGGUCAUGUUUGGUGCCACAGCGUCAAACAGAGCAGGCAGGUGUUUCAGCGUUACGCAACAUAAGCUAACUUUUUUUAAAGCAGUCACAGACUCAUUUUUCAGGUUCAUUUGAUUCGUUUUAGCAUUUCUAACGCCAGAAAAUUUCUACCGUUUUUUUAAGGGAGACUUACAGAGACACAUUUUUUAAAUUUGCUUUAAGUCCUUCUGACAUCAAAACUACGUUCGUGUCUUGUCCUUUCUGUUCCUCCUUCUUAAAGCUUCAUUUCUACACCUCCAACACUCGCUUUUUGCUGCAGCUGGUUCAGUUAUAUCUCAUAAAAUCAGACAAUAUUCACUAGCUGGCAAAUUUUGACUCUGCCUGAGGUGUUUCUCUGCAGCUGCAGCUCUUGAAGGACUCUUACAUAACACGUUUUUAACUUUAGAAAGUUAGAAUGAAGCUCUCCGUGAUGCUAACGGAUGCUAAGUGAUGCUAAGUUAUGCUAACAGAUGCUAAGUUAUGCUAACAGCUAACGAGGAGCGCGUCCACUGUAGGUUGAAAACGAAGUGUAUUAAAUGCGGUAAAACUGUCUCUGUUUUAGCAGAUUAAAAUGUCAGUAUCGUUUUAAAACUUAAUUUAGCACAAUAGGAACAAGUUCAGGAUGGCAAAGAGUUAUAAUUUCAUGUUGUAACUUCCGGUUUUUAGGAAUGAAAAUGCGCAACACUUCUUGUAACAAUUUCUUGUUACUGGUAUUUUUUGGGGGAAAUUUGAAGAUAAUAAUCGAUCAAAAAAUAGUUUAAUUAUAUAUUCACAGCAGCAAUAUUAAGAAUAUAGUUUACUGGCUAGUUUAAACCGGAAGUAAUGGGACAAAUUGCAGUAAAAGACAGGUAGAAAAAAAUGCAUAUUUUGUUUGCAUUUUCCUACAAACAACAACAUUACAUUUGGAAAACAGGAAAUCACCACGUCCUCAUUUUUUGGAGGCUACAGCCAGUACAUCUUAGCUAUUUUUUGCAUUAUCUGCACUCCAAAAUCAUGUUUCUGAUUCGACUAAACUGCUAAUCAACUAAUUGUCCCACCUCUUAUGAUUGAGAGAAGAGAUUAAGUCAUGUUGAGGUAAAAGAGUCCAAUUAACAUUUCAAAGGUUUCUUUAAUUGAAGGGUUUGCCUAAUAAAUCAAUAGGCUACCCCCUCCUUUUCACCUCUGUUGUUUCUCUAUGAACGCACAAACAAACCAAAUGUAGUUUUUUAAAAUUUUAUUUAGUCAUAUUUUAAAGUAAUCUCGUGAGGCUCCACCCGUCUGUGUUGCCCCGGAUUAACAAGCAAGCGCUCCCUCUCUGAGCUGCAGCAGAUGAAUGGAAACUCUUUCUUCUCUGCAGCUUCUAAAAGUGUUUAUAUUCUGCAGGAGUGGAGUGGUAGUCAAGUAUUAUCUGAAUGUUAUAAUGUACAGUUAAAUGAAAACAGGGCUGCUGCUGCGUCGCCUGUAAAACACCACGUCUCGAUUAUCUGAAGUUUUGUUUUUCCUGUUAAAACAAGAUAGGAAAAGCCUUUUUACUGCAUACAUUUUGGACAAAAAUACAAUAUAUUAGUCUUUUAUUUGAGGAUUAAAAGUAAUGACAGUCAGGGUAAGCUAUAGCCCUGAUUCAGUUCAUGUUCAUCUGAAAUAAUUAGUGAUAUUUUCUCUUUGUGUUAAAAUACCACACUUUAAUUGAGGUAAGGAAAGGGAACAACUUCAGGAGACGCUUCAUAAACACUUUUUUAAUUCCUGUCGGUGCUGCUCUUAAACUGUACAUGGAAGGAAGAUUUUUUCAGGGUCGAUCCAGUUUGUUUCCUUCAGUUUUACAACGUUAGUUACAGGUUAUAUCCAGGCACCAAGAGAAACUGUGGACUCCCAGGCGGGUUGAUUUCAUAAAUACCAAAUAAUGUGUUCAUAUUUUGAGGUUUUUAAUGAAGAAUGCCAUUUAGUUAUUGUAUUAAUGAGCAAAAAUAAGCACAAUUACGCAUUAUUUGGUUUUAAACAUCCACAGAUUCAGUUGAAGCUGGUUAUAAUUGUGUAUUUCAAUUAAAUGCAGUUCAUCCAAAACUGUAAAUAUGACAUUUUGACUUUUCGAAACCUAUAAAGACGGCUCUUUUUUAAUUUAAAUACUAUAAAUAUUAUAAUUAUGAAUGUUAUCUUCUGUUAUUAGAUGUGUCACUUUGGUUUUUUGAUAUAUUUCACUAAUUUUUACUACCAUUUUUGCGUAGGUCGCUCUGGAUGUUUGAAGAUUUAAUUUUGACACAACAUGUUGAUGUGUGUACAUAAAUACAGAUGUUAUUAUUGGAAUAUAGAUAAUUGCUUGCUUGAAAUAAUCAGAAGACUGACAUCGAUAAUGGAUGUCAUGUCUCGAAAUACUUUACGAAUCAAAAGCCCCACCCGCCUGGCAUCGCAGGCAGCGUAAACCAAACAUCCCCAAGGUAAAUUAUGUAAUCUGAUGAACUAAAGCAGAGAUGAAUAAAACUGACUGAUUUCAUUAAGACUGACUUUUUUUGGGCUUUUCUUACCAAAAACUGUCCUGUGUCUGUUAUAAAGGAAGAAUCCACUUUUAAAACACACACACAUGCCUCUAAACAUGCUCUAUUACCUCCGUUUGAAUCCAAGAUUGACAAGAUUGUUUUUUCUGGACUCAUUUCUCACAAAAUAUCUCACAAAAAACUGACAUAAUUGUGUGGAUUUUUCCUUUAAACAGUUUGAGUUGUUCUGUCCUCCUGAAAUGUCCCUCAGGGGUUUCGGUUAUUCGCAUCGCUCUGGCUUUUCAAACUCACCAAGAAUGUAAAUGUGACGGGCACAGAGUGACUGAACGUGUCAUUAACACUACGAUACUGUAACUAACAGAGAGACAGCAGCCUCACAGACACAAACAUAUUUAAUACUAAAUAAUAAAAAGGACUUAAACGCUUUUAACUUUCAGAAAAGUACAUUGAUUUUGCCUCAAUUUAUUCAAAACACUCCUUAUGUUUGACUCUUCUCUGAAAGGUCUCAGAUACUGAAGUGUUAUUAAUUGGAAAUCCAAAUCUAAAGACACAGAAUUGAGUUUUUGAGGUGUGUUUGUGUAUUUGUGGGGUCUGCUGCACGUCCUGCUGUCUGAAGUCCACUGUGAAUAAAUGUAGAUGCAGUGAGGUGUGGGAAUGACGGCUGGUUCUGAUGGCGUCCAAACAGUUUGAAAUAAAAACACAGACUGGAUUUUAACAAGGAA